UUGUCAGCCAGACAAAGACAGUCAGUCUGAUGUGAUUGAGACAAGGGAGGUUUUCAGGGGGAGACUGGGAGAUAGGGGCCUCCCCUCCCCCUUCUCCUCUUCCUGCGCCGGCCUCAACCCCCUCCCCAGUCCCCUCCCGACGGUCGCCCCACGCGGAAGACACCCCUCCCCCUCCCGCUUUCCCCUCCUCCCUACCUCUGCCUUUCGUACCGGGACGUUGGGGAGGGGGCUGUGCCGGGCGGAGAGAACUCAGCAAGGAUUCUGAGAAUGAUAAAUAACGCUGAUCAUCUCUAGGAAGGAAAUUGAUUCACCUCAUGUAAAGUAUGCUCAGUUCCUUUCCAGUGGUUUUGCUGGAAACCAUGUCUCACUAUACAGAUGAACCUAGAUUUACUAUAGAGCAGAUAGAUCUGCUUCAGCGCCUUCGGCGUACUGGAAUGACUAAACAUGAAAUUCUCCAUGCCUUGGAAACUUUGGACCGUCUUGAUCAAGAGCAUAGUGACAAGUUUGGAAGAAGGUCCAGCUAUGGAGGAAGUUCAUAUGGGAAUAGUACCAACAAUGUUCCAGCAUCUUCCUCUACAGCUACAGCUUCCACACAGACCCAGCAUUCGGGAAUGUCCCCAUCACCUAGCAACAGUUAUGAUACCUCCCCACAGCCUUGUACUACCAAUCAGAAUGGGAGGGAGAAUAACGAGCGAUUAUCCACAUCCAAUGGAAAGAUGUCACCAACUCGCUACCAUGCAAACAGCAUGGGUCAGAGGUCAUACAGUUUUGAAGCCUCAGAAGAGGACCUAGAUGUAGAUGAUAAAGUGGAGGAAUUAAUGAGGAGGGACAGCAGUGUGAUAAAAGAGGAAAUCAAAGCCUUUCUUGCCAAUCGGAGGAUUUCCCAAGCAGUUGUUGCACAGGUAACAGGUAUCAGUCAGAGCCGGAUCUCUCACUGGCUGUUGCAGCAGGGAUCAGACCUGAGUGAACAGAAGAAAAGAGCAUUUUACCGAUGGUAUCAGCUUGAAAAGACAAACCCUGGGGCUACGCUAAGUAUGAGACCAGCGCCCAUUCCAAUAGAGGACCCGGAAUGGAGACAAACACCUCCCCCAGUCUCAGCUACAUCUGGCACCUUCCGACUACGACGGGGGAGUCGAUUUACCUGGAGAAAGGAGUGCCUGGCUGUCAUGGAAAGUUACUUCAAUGAGAAUCAAUACCCAGAUGAAGCAAAGAGAGAAGAAAUUGCAAAUGCUUGCAACGCAGUCAUACAGAAGCCAGGCAAAAAACUGUCAGAUCUGGAACGAGUCACCUCCUUGAAAGUAUAUAAUUGGUUUGCUAAUAGACGGAAGGAGAUCAAGAGGAGAGCCAAUAUCGAAGCAGCAAUCCUGGAGAGUCAUGGAAUAGAUGUACAGAGUCCAGGAGGCCAUUCCAACAGUGAUGACGUUGAUGGAAAUGACUACUCAGAGCAGGAUACUUGGCAAGUACGCAAUGGGGAGGAGGAGGAGGGAAGAAGUUCAGAGGGAGGCAGAGAAGCAGAGAAGGACGACAGCACUAGCCAUAGUGACCACCAAGACCCCAUCUCAUUAGCUGUGGAAAUGGCAGCAGUCAACCACACUAUCUUGGCAUUGGCCCGACAAGGAGCCAACGAAAUCAAGACAGAGGCCCUGGAUGACGACUGAUGAGGGAGGGCUGAACACGAGAAGUUAAUUAGUUUAGACGUAGCACCUUAGCAGACUUUCCUCGGUCCUUAACAUGUGUUCUUACAGUAUAACUUGCAGUUUCUUGUAUGUCAGUUAGCCGUUAGGGUCUUGUUCUGUGAAGAUGGCAUGGUGCCCUCAGCCUUUGCAUAUACUCUCUCAGUAUUAAUUCCCAGUAAAUAAUAACCAACCAACCAACCAACCAAACUUCCCUCUCCCAGCCCCUGAGGCUAGAAAAUCUUGCUGCUCUGUCUUAGCAUUCCAAGAAAGUGCUUCCAGGUAGAUAGCCCUCAGUUCUCAAAUAUUAGGCUACGUGUAAAACCUUGGGUACCUUUAGAUUCCUGUAACACUAGUCUGUACCCCUUUUCUUUCCCCAAGACUGGUAGGAUGCAAGCUGAGGUAGUGUGGCCCAGGAUUGACAUUCACCAUUUGGGGAGUAUCUGCAGAGUAAAAGGAACACUAGAACCCCCACCUCAAUGUGGGAAUAAUUGAUUUCCAGCUGCAAUAAGCCGUGCCUCAUAAUAGUCACACCGUGGCUAGAUUAUCCUUCUUCGGGUGCUGUGCUAAGAAUGUCAGUGGAGAAACUCGAUCUCAGAUUUUGGUUGAUGUUAACAUGCCUGACAGAGAUAUCCUUUCCUCUCACAAGCUCUGUGACUUAGUAGAUAAAAUACUGCCUUCUGCCUUUGGGACCAUGAUUAAAACAAACAAAAAUGACAAAAAAAAGUCAUUUAAAAAAAAAAAACAAAACACCACAAAACCAAGCUUGAGAGCAUUGG